UAAACUUUUCAUAAUAUGAGUGGUGCACAUCGUGAAGCGGCAAAACAAAUCCAUCAAGACUGGGCCAAUCGUGAAUACAUUGAAGUUAUUACGGCCCAGUAUAAACGUAUCACCGACUUUCUUAAUUCAUUCGAUAUGUCUUGUCGUUCACGCCUAGCCGUACUCAAUGAGAAAUUGACCACUUUGGAAAGACGCAUCGAUUAUUUGGAAGCCUGUGUUACAACUGGUGAAACAUUGACAUAAAAAGGAUGUGCUUUGUCAACGAUCAAAUCUUUAGUUUAGAAAAAGUAUUACAAAUGUGUGUUUAAGUAAAGAUGUAGUGGUUGUCGGCCGGAAAGUAUAAUGAUAAGGUGUGAAUGUUUAUGCAGUAGUGAUAUGAUGACGAUGAUGAUGGUGUCACCUGCAACAUGAAAUCAUUUUAAGGUUUCACAUCGUUUGUCAGAUUUCAAUAGUUUACGUUUCUUUUUCUCUAUAAACAAAUUAAUGUUUAAAUUUAAGUUAAUAAUUGUUUACAACACAAAAGUUUAUUAUAAUUCCCUAGAAAUGCAUUUUUUUCUAUAUUUAAAAUAAAAACUUAAAAAAUAUUGAAAUAGAUAAA